GAUUUAGUGCUGCCUGACACUCCUCCUACAUCCUCGUUCACUGAUCCUACAUAACAAGGCCAUCGCACUAGUUAGCGUCUUUGACCCCAACCCUCGUCCGUUCAAUCGCCGGCUCCUACUAUCAUCACCAAACAUCUACCCCGGGCAUGACCUAGGUUCAUCGCAACUUGAGCCUCAAGUCUAGUCAGUACAGAAAUAACCUAUACACCGCAUUGACUUGUUAGCUGUCCUUGAGCCAUCCUGAGCCCCCCUCAACCCAUCGAACGAUCUCCACCAGUCCAAGCUCCGCGAUCCUCACCUCACCACCCGCACAACCCCUGAUCACUCAACAUCAAGGAAGUUGCGCAGUCAGCGCUUGAACAUGUCCUGACCUGUAACACUACCAACACCUCCUCUCUUGUAUUCACUAUGAUGGCGUCAGGCGGCGUUCAGCAACCUGUCUAUGCGCAGCCACCCCCCUCCUUUCCACAACAUGGUCAUUCCAGUUCACUGAACGGUUCCUUUCCUCAAGCCCCUCAGAUGAGCUCUUUUGAUGCUCAAUCCGUCGCUUCUACCCCAGCUCCUACGCCGCAGGCUCCCCGACCUAGCUCCCAGCAUCAGCAUCAUCAACAACAACAGCAGCAGCAGCAGCAGAUGAGUUUCAACAUGAAUGGUCAAAAGCCCAUGGCCAAUGGAACAGGUAUGAUGGGAGCCCCCGACACAUUUGCAGGAUACCCCGAGAAUAAUUUAUACCCUCAACCAACAUUUUAUGGAAAUGGCACAAAGCCGCCAUCCAUUUACAGCGCCGUGUAUUCCAAUGUUUCCGUGUUUGAAAUGGAGGUGAAUGGUGUUGCUGUGAUGCGUCGAAGAACCGACUCAUGGUUGAACGCGACCCAGAUCCUCAAAGUUGCAGGCGUCGACAAGGGCAAGCGCACAAAGGUACUCGAAAAAGAGAUUACCGGAGAACACGAGAAAGUCCAGGGCGGGUACGGCAAAUAUCAGGGCACUUGGGUGAAUUAUCAGCGUGGACGCGAAUUCGCUCGUCAGUAUGGAGUUGAACAGUUACUCCUACCCCUGUUCCAGCACAAUAUUGAAGGCGACGGCAACAUGGGCAUGUCCCAGGGUAUGGAAACUCCCACCAAAGAACAAGCCAUGGCUGCGCAGCGCAAGCGACUGUACGGCGACGGGCGUCCUAUGGCUCAGAACUCGUCGGGAACCUUCUUCGGGAACAUGUCUCCUUCGGCCGCGAUUGCCAUCAGUACACUCAAUCGCACCCGACUCGAUUCCCCUGGUCAGAUGGACGGCCGUCGCUCGACAGGCCCCCGACGACCAUCCCAGCCCCAGGCUUUCUACGCACAAGACCCCAUGUUUGGUCAGGGGGCAAGCCAACAAAGCAUGCAUAGUAUGACAUCGCAGGACAGCUUCGGUACCAACGGUGGAAUCAUGAGCCAAAACGCCAGCUUCAUGAGUUAUCCAGUGCCGGAUGGUCAAGAGCCACCGCGCAAACGCAUCCGUCCCUCUCCCCAGGCAUCAUUUACAGGCAAUACGUACGAUGGAAAUCUGGAUCUGAGUAUGAUGGAAGGCGCACCAACGGAGCAGGACAUGUCAUUCUACUCCCAGUCUGGUCAGUCGUUUAUGAUGACGGAGAAUAUUUCGUAUGGCAUCGAUCCCUUGCCACAUCCCUCUGGGCUGGCGGAAGAACAAAAGAAGGAGCACUUGCUAGACCUCUUUUACGAUGCUACGCGGACCGACUACGACGAUCAUCCGGCCUUCCUCCGUCUCAGCGGGGACGAGUUUGAAAUGCCCAUUGACGAAUCGUGCAACACGGCGCUACAUUGGGCGGCGACGUUGGGACGGACGGCACUGGUGAAGAAACUGCUCGACAAGGGCUUCAAUAUGCGGCGGGCCAACAGUGGAGGUGAAACGGCUCUGAUUGCGGCAUGCCGUGCCAGGAAUAAUCUGGACCAGAGCAGCUUCCCCGCGCUGUUGGACCUUCUCGGUUCGACGAUCGAGGUUCGAGACUCAAGAGGUCGGACGCUGUUGCAUCACAUCGCCGUGUCAUCAGCCAUCAGAGGUCGAGCGCCGGUGGGCAGAUACUAUUUGGAAUCAUUACUUGCAUAUUGUGUUCAGCAGGGCAGCUCGUCACAAGUACAGGCACCGUUUGCCAACCCCAUGACACUGACGCGGUUCAUGCAAGAGAUUGUCAACGCCCAGGACAAGUCUGGAGAUACGGCAUUGAACCUGGCGGCACGGACAGGUACUACCACCAUCAUCGAGCAGCUGCUCGAGGUGGGUGCCGAUCCUCACAAGCCCAACAGAGGGCACCUGGCGCCGGUAGACUUUGGAGUGGGUGGAUACGGUGGCUCACAGAUGAUGAACCACACCAUGAAUAUGCUUGAUCAGGUACCUGCGACAAACAGCAGUUCGCAGAAGUCAUUUGAGGAGGCACAGGAAGGGCUCAUGUCUUCAAUACGAGCGAUCCUGUCACAAUCAGAAGCGGACUUUUCGGCAGAAAUGAAGGAAAAGAAAGAGACGCUCGACAAGACGAAUGCUGCGCUCAAAGAGUCAGGAAGUACAUUGGCAGAAGAACGCCGUCGGUUGGACGAGGUCAAGGCCAAGGUGCGAGAAAAGGAUGAGUUUGAACAAAAGGUUAGCAACCUUCAACAAGCAACGAUUAAAAUACGGUCAGAGCUGCAGCAAGGCGAAGCCGCAGGCUCGAUCCAGAAUGAGGUCCCCGUGGGCACUGCGGACAAAGGGCUCGACUGUGACGGACGACUGGCACUGGUAGCGCAAAUGUUCCCUGAGGAAUUGGGCGAGCCAAACACGAUGGCACUCGACCAAGACCAAUUGAAUGUGCUGGGAACAAUGGAACGUGCAGAGGUUCUGUCUGGACGAAGUCGGGCAUAUCAAGGCCACAAUCAACAGCUUGAGCAGAUGGCCAGGACACUGAAGGCGAUGAGUGUGGAGCUGGAGGAGCGAUAUCGCAAGAUGGUGACAUUAUGCACCGGCGCCAACCCAGACCAGGUGGACGACCUUCUGGAUGGGCUUGUGCAAGCAGUCAUCAGCGAGCAGAAGGACAACAAUCUGGAACUGGGCAAAGUGCGGAAGUUCCUCCGGAUGGUCCAAGGGUCGGGGGAUUAACGGGUGUUCGCUUGUCUGAGAUGGUGUUUGUGUGUGGGAUUUCAAUCAGCGGUUGUUGCAGCUUGUCAGGGCCAGCACCUGGGGCUGGUGACGAGUCCGUCAAUUGUUACUCGAGAAUUGACACGGGCCGGCAAGAAUUGACUAUUGUAUGAAUGUACAUACGGAGCGUGAUGGAGUAACUGUUGGAUGUUGUAUCAUGAUUGGAUUAAAUGGAUCUGAUCGAGAUGGUCCCCAACAAGUG